UUGAGAGUGAGGAAAAUGAACUUUUGUAACCAACUCCUUAACUCUAUAAUCCAUGAAACUACAUCCUUCCAUCGCAACCCCCUCCCCAUCACCUCCUCUUCACCGGCAAUGACCGCGGUCAACAUCCCGGAAAAUGAUCAAAACCUUGCAGUCGAAGGAGGGAGGAAGAAGAAGAGGAGGAAAAAGCCCAGGGCAGAUGCAGAGGCUCAAAGAGUGACCCACAUUGCGGUCGAGAGGAACCGCCGGAAACAGAUGAACCAUCAUCUAGCCGUCUUGAGGUCUCUCUUGCCGGAAUCUUAUAUCCAAAGGGGUGAUCAAGCUUCAAUAGUUGGUGGUGCAAUAGAAUUUGUAAAGGAGCUUGAACACCACUUGCAAUCACUUGAAGCUCAAAAGUUCCUCUUGACUCAACAACAAAAUCAAAGUGCAACCAUUCUUAACCAUAAUAGUAAUUUUUCUACCAAGGAGUGUGAAAUACCAAAAGUGCCACUCUAUUUUCACAAACUUUUCUCUAACCCACAAUACACAUGGUCUCAAGUUCCCAACAAAAACACUUCAAAUAGUAAGCAAACAUUGGCUGAUAUUGAGGUCAAUUUGGUCCAAACACAUGCCAGUCUUCAGAUCCUAUCGCGGAAGCGGCUAACUCACCUCUCGAAAUUCAUUAUUUUCUUGCAAUCAUGUAACCUCUCGAUACUCCACCUCAAUAUCAUCACCUUGGACCCAUUGGUGCUCUACUCCAUCAGUCUUAAGGUAGAAGAAGAAUGCUGGCUAAACUCAGCAGAUGAGAUAGCAGCUGCAGUCCACCAUAUGCUUGGACUUAUUGAAGAGGAACCUACCCUAUGUAUUCAUUCCAAAAAUUUAUAAGAAUGGUUGCAUUGCAUGUUUAUUUACCAAAAAUAUUAUAAUGCCAUCCCCAUCCACUCUCUUAAUUAUUU